GGGAGACGGAGACUACUGCUACUUUGCAAGACGUUGAGCUUUAAUUCAACCUUAAAAGUUAGUCUAAAGUUUCAACACAAAGCUUGAUUCAGCACUUGGGACAGGGACCAUCGCUGGCACGGCAGAGCCCAGUAGACAGGAGGAGAGGGAGGGAUCUGAAGAGGAGCGCCCAGACCGACUGUCUACAGCACUGGCUGGCAGCAUGGGUGAAGAGGGGCCUCCCAGUCUGGAGUAUAUCAAGGCCAAGGACCUGUUCCCCCAGAAGGAGCUGGUGAAGGAGGAUGAAAGCCUUCAGGUGCCAUUCGCAGUUCUUCAGGGGGAAGGGGUGGAAUAUCUUGGCUGUGCUGAUGAAGCCGUCAUUGCCAUUUCUAACUACAGGCUCCACAUCAAGUUCAAGGACUCUGUCAUCAACGUGCCUCUGAGGCUGAUAGAGAGCGUGGAGAGCAGGGAAAUGUUCCAGCUGCACAUUAUCUGCAAAGACUCCAAAGUUGUCAGAUGCCACUUUGCAACAUUCAAGCAAUGCCAGGAGUGGGUCAAGCGUCUGAACCGGGCCAUAGCUCACCCGGCCCGGCUGGAGGACCUGUUCGCCCUGGCCUAUCACGCCUGGUGUCUGGGAGGCAGCGCUGAUGAUGAGGACCAGCACGUCCAUCUCUGUCGCCCAGGUGAUCAUGUGCGUCAGAGAAUGGAAAUGGAAGUCAGGAGGAUGGGCUUCGACACACAGAACGUCUGGAGAGUGUCGGACAUAAACUGCAACUUCAAGCUGUGCUCCAGCUACCCUCAGAAGCUUCUGGUCCCUAUAUGGAUCACUGACAAAGAGCUGGAGAGUGUGGCGUCCUUCAGAUCCUGGAAGAGGAUCCCUGUGGUGGUCUACAGGCACCAGAAGAACGGGGCGGUGAUAUCCCGCUGCAGCCAGCCUGAGAUCAGCUGGUGGGGCUGGAGAAACACGGAUGAUGAGUACUUGGUGACAUCCAUCGCCAAAGCAUGUCAGAUGGAUACCGGAGCCAAGGGCACCUGUGGAGCACCAGCCUGCCGACAACGCGGGGAAGCUCCAGACUCCUCUGAUAGUGAUUUUGACUCCUCUCUGACCGGCGGAUCCGCCUGUGACGAAAACACUGUGCCACAGAAGCUGCUGAUUCUGGAUGCUCGCUCAUACACCGCUGCAGUGGCCAACCGAGCCAAGGGCGGAGGCUGUGAAUGUGAAGAGUACUACCCCAACUGCGAGGUGAUGUUCAUGGGAAUGGCCAACAUCCACGCCAUUCGGAACAGCUUCCAAGCUCUGAGGACCGUCUGCAGUCAGAUCCCGGAUCCAGGAAACUGGCUGUCAGCACUUGAGAGCACCCGUUGGCUGCAGCACCUGUCCGUCAUGCUGAAGGCAGCCACUCUGGUGUGUUCAGCGGUGGAGAGGGACGGCCGUCCUGUCCUGGUGCACUGUUCAGACGGCUGGGACCGAACACCCCAGAUUGUAGCCCUCUCCAAGAUCCUGCUUGACCCAUACUACAGGACAUUAGAGGGUUUCCAGCUGCUGGUAGAGACUGAGUGGCUGGACUACGGUCAUAAGUUCGGGGACCGCUGCGGCCAUCAGGAGAACGCUGACGACGUGAGCGAACAGUGUCCUGUCUUCCUGCAGUGGCUGGACUGUGUUCACCAGCUGCUCAAACAGUUCCCCUGCCUGUUUGAGUUCAACGAGGCUUUCCUGGUCAAGUUAGUGCAGCAUACGUACUCGUGUCUUUACGGCACCUUCCUGUGUAACAACGCUCGCGAGAGGGAGACGAGGAACAUCUACAAACGCACCUGCUCUGUGUGGUCGCUGCUCCGCAACGGAAACAAGAACUUCCAGAACUUCCUCUACAUCCCCAGCCAUGAUAUGGUGCUGCAGCCAGUCUGCCACACACGAGCGUUACAGCUGUGGACCGCCGUCUACCUGCCCACCUCCUCCCCCUGCACCGCUGUGGACGACUCCAUGGAACUCUACCUCCCCCCGAAUGUCACAGGAGACGAACUCACCUCCCGUUCCCUGGACAGACUUCCCAAGACCCGCUCCAUGGACAACCUGCUGUCAGCUUUUGAGAACGGGGUUCCCCUGACACGUACUUCUAGUGACCCGAAUCUCAAUAAGCACUGCCAGGAGGGUCGCCCUGCCCCCGAGCCCUCACCAGCCACUGAAGAAACCUCUGCAGACAUCCACGAUGAGGUCACACCUGACGCUGGACUGGACAGCAGUGAGGGGGAACCUCUACACCAGAGUCCUGCCAAGACUCCAGACGAUGGCCCAGAGGCAGAGAGCUGUGAGGACCCAGUGGAGGAGCCGUGUCUCACCACGCAGCCCCUGCCCUCUCUGCCCCUUCCCCUGGUCCCUCUCAGUAAGGACGUCACACUCUCUCACACUCCCUUCCCCACUCCUGUCCUCCAGCAGGCUUUGCCUCAGAUCACUAACCCUCCACUCCCACCACCUCCGCUGGAGACUGAGAGCCCCUGUAGGACUCCUGAGAGAACCACGUCACCCACUCAUGAAUCAGAGCCGUGCUUACCUCUCCCCUGUAAUGGCACGCAGCCCGCAGCCGCCACGCCGCUGCUCAACGGCCACGCUGACGGCCAAGAAAACGGCCUCCCAGAAUCUGCAGACCUGUUGGCUCUGAAGCAGCUAACACCACUCCUUUCCAUGGAGGACUCCACAGAGACUCUCACAGGCGAGGGAGAGCUUCCCCCCAUCCUGCCUCCCACACUGAGCCAGGAUUUUACCCAGAAUCACUUAAACGACGAGGAGCAGCCCGAGUCCCAGACCCAAGUUCAGCCCCAGAGGGAGAAAGAGGACAUGAGGACAGAUGUAGUGAAAGGAAAAGAGCGUGUGUUAACGGUUGCAUUAGCUCCUGUUGACUGCGCCCAGGUAGCAGCUCGCCAUCUGAUCUCCCAGAGCCACUUCACAGACCUGUCCCUGCUGGGCUCCCACUGGGAGAGCGUCCAGGGUCUGGUCCAGUCCGCCUGCAGCAGUGCCAGUCACUCUGGCGUCAGCCGGGCCCUGCAGCACAACGCUUACCAGAGCCGCCGGCUUGCCAGUAAGCUGCUGCGCUCCCAGGGCUUCGCCACCGCCAACGGGUCCCAGUGCUGCCGCAGAGAAGCUCUUUGUCAUCCCAGCAGCCCUCUGCAGGCCGGCUGGCUGGCUGCUGCCAGGAGCGCAGGCGCCGCCGGCCUGUGUGGGCCCGCCGCCGCCGCCCUCAACAGCUACUCCCUGGCAGCCCACCAGCUCCUGCCGGUGUCGUACUCCUCGCCCUCCGCCUCCAGCUCCCCGCCCCCGUCCCAGGCCCCAGCCUACCUGGAUGACGACGGGCUGCCGGUGCCCAUGGACGCCGUGCAGCAGAGACUGCGGCAGAUCGAGGCGGGAUACAAGCAGGAGGUGGAGGUGCUGAGGCAGCAGGUCCGACAGCUGCAGAUGAGGCUGGAGAGUAAACAGUACAGCACCCCUCCCUCGGAGCCAGACAUCGACUACGAGGAUGACAUCACAUGUCUGCGGGAGUCAGACAACAGUAACGAGGAGGACUCUCUGUCCACCCACAGUGAGGACCGUCUGUCUGAGGGCAGCUGGGAUCGAGUGGAGCGCAAGGACACAGAGGUCACGAGGUGGGUGCCCGACCACAUGGCCUCCCAUUGUUUUAACUGUGACUGCGAGUUCUGGAUAGCCAAGAGACGUCACCACUGCAGGAACUGUGGCAAUGUGUUCUGUAAAGACUGCUGUCAUCUGAAGCUGCCCAUCCCAGACCAGCAGCUGUAUGACCCGGUGUUGGUCUGCAACACCUGCCACGACCUGCUCCUGGAGGCCCGCACCCGCGAGAUCCGCAGCCAGCAGCUCAAGAAGGCCAUCGCCACAGCCUCCAGCUGAGAGAAGCGUCGUGUAGCACGGCCCACCUCGGCUCUGUCCUGCUCGUUUUGGACCGAUGAGCCGUUGUACGCCCAACCUGCUGUGGUUUUGGCUGCGUGGGGGGAGGAAGAUGAGGAGGACUCUUUGGGAGGCUCGGUUUGGGAGCGGAGAUGCACUGUGAGACUGUCUGAGAGGCGGAGGAGAGGAAAGAGAGAGAUGGAGGCGUGUCAGCGGGGAGCGAACCCCCUUCUGUUCAAAGACAUUUUCAGCCCGGAGCACUGCAGCGUCCAGCUGCCUCCACACGGCUCAGUCCUCUAUAGCGGUGCCCCGCCCGAGACACACCUCCACCCUGUCCACCCCAGCAGAGUCACCCACCUCUAGUACCAAACACCUGCACCCUCCUACAGACACUGUCUCGCACUUCAGAGGACAAUCGCUCCCCCGUCGGUGUGUCGGGGACUCCAAAGCCUUUACCUGUACUACUGGAGGCUUUCAACUUUAAAAGAAAAGAAUUGCUGCUACAGUAUUUAAAAGUCUAAUUUUGUAUUCUUAUUUUGUGCACUACUAGCUGUUGUGUAUUUGAGGGCGCUUUCACAACCCAAGUCUGUUUGGUUGGUCCGAGUCAGAGUGAAAUUGAUGCAUUUGGUUCGUUUUGUAUUGAGUCUGGUUUGCUUUCACAGUGCAGAAAUGUAAGCGGACCAAAUAAAAAAAUAUAUAUUUGAAGAGGGGCAUAACAGAGGGCUGGAAAUCUACUUGCACCAUUUUUUCUUUUAUGUUUUUAAAAGUUGGUGGUGAAAAAUGUAAACACAGAAAUAAACAAAGCAACAUGGAACCGAGCAUAAUCUGAGUAUGUUUAAAUUUCUACCGGCUGUAACCUGCUCUGGUGUUCCGACCAAACUAAUUAGUAGAGAAACGCUCAGAGCGAGCUGCUCUUGAGGCUCCAGGUCGUCAACAAUGUGUUGAUCCAUUAUUUCCACAGACGAUGAGCUGCGAUCAGACACCUGUAGAAUCAGAGAGUGAGCCUUGAUGCUCUUACCACCAUCUGCUUCCACCAUGAAGGUAAAUAUUAAGUUAUUUUGAGCAAUAUGUUGAUAAUUCUGCAAUGACAAAUUAGCAUUUUGCUUCAUUUCCUUUAAGUGUGUCGGAUUACGUUCACAGUGCAAUCGACCUCCUCUCUGCUAGUGGUCUUGGACCGGUAGUUUUGGUCCACACCAGAGUACGACUGGAGCGUUCACAAGCAACCAAACGAACCGUAACAACGAUUUAACCGCGCCAGAGUUCAGUUGAAACGGACUAGACUUUGUGUUGUGAAAGCGCCCUGAGGGAAUUUGAGACCAAACUUGAGCAAAAGGGAGAAAUCUGCUGUUUACUUUGUCAUUGCAUCUUUUUUUCUUGGAGCCUGAAUGUAAUAUGUAACGGAUAACUGGAUCGACUUUAUGUUCGUGUGCAUUCGGUGGGUCGUAUAUGUGUUCAUUGCUGCAAUGUGUUUUCAAAAAUUCUGUAUAUGCACAGUCAAUGUGGUUCUGUCUUACUCAAUGCUUUUUCUCCAAUAUAGCCACGUUGAGGCAUUCUGAGGGAUGCGUGUGGACCGAUCGAUGCAAUGCAAUGCUGUUUGUUUUGUGGGACGUGUGUUUGGUGUGUUAAAGAGGACGAGGACCCAAUAAGGUCGGGAGACAGCAGAGUUCUGUGAGGUCUUCUUCUGGUGUGAGAAAAUUGCAUUUUGAAGGUACUGUGUGGGUUUUCUGUGACGUGACAGAGGGAAAGUUUCUGCUGAGACGUUUAUGAAUGAAUGACUUUAAUGUCCAUCUGACUGAUGACUCCUUCAGAUUGUUAACUGGCAGUAAAGACUGAACAAAGUGCUUGGAGUUUCUUGUUCUGUUUAGGGGAGUUUGGCCACAGUCCCCUUUAAAAAAUAUGUGUUUGUGUCUACUGGUUGUUCCUUGAGACAAUAGUGCCAUAUUUUGUUUCUGUCUAUUUUUAAAAGCCUUUUUCGUUCUUAUUGAUGGCAGCAGGUUUCUAAUUGGCCACCUCUCUGUAUGUUUAAAUGGUACAGAUAUUUAGCUGCUUAAUAACACUGAGACAACUAAAGAUUAACAGAUGGUUCAGUUUGAUUACGAGGCUAACGUUUCAAUGGAUGAUCGGAUGUCACUGAAUUAGUUAACCUGUGUGGUUAUCCGUUGUCUAAUAUUUGGGAUUUUUUCACACGGUGUUCAUGAAGUCAAAAUCUUUAAGAGGAACUCAGAAAUGUAACAUACAUAGUUAUCUGAUCCAUAGUGGUGGCUAAAACCUGUCACUUAUUGAAUAAUUGUUGUAAAGAAAUGCACUGUAAAAGUUAAAUCCCAUGGGUUAAAAUAAAAGAUUAUAUCAUG